AUGGCUUCCGAGGAGGAGCAGGGAAUGGGAGAGGCAGACACGGUCGCGCCUGCUGCUCCCGAGCGACAGCACGAUGUAGAUUCCACUGUGGACGAGAGGAGGAAGAAGAAGCUGAUCGAGGAAGCUAUAGGUUCUCUAGGGGCCGGCCGCGCGAGGUGCUCUGAGAUGAUGGAAGCUGCUCGUCCGGGCCGCGGCACGGGCGACCUUGAGCUUCGCUGCUUGGACUUCCUAGAGACGGAGCUCAGAUACAUCGUCGCGGGUUUGACGGCACUGAGCCCGCAGCAUGUCGACGAGGAGAUGACGGGAUGGCUGCAAUAUUUAACUGACAAUGCCAAUUUUCUCCCCCGUGUCAUCAACCAAGCUGAUCACCAACGUGACAACACCCUGCUGCGAAGAGCCUCGCGGUUCUUCCGCUGCAUUAGCCAUCGAUAUCCAUAUAAGCUGCUGGGUGCAGCGAGAUUUUUUUAUCGUCUGGCUGAACAUCCCUGCAGGUAUAGGCAUCUUCUUCAAGCUACCUCUCGCCAUGGGCUGCCACCGCAAGCGGCCGAGGAGGGAGGUGGCCUCCUCCCUAUGGGCACAACUUAUGACUUUCCAUAUGAGAUCGACCUACCAGAUUUGUCCAUGAUCAUGUUUCCUUAUGGGCACAAGUUUGAGACGGAUCGACUUGUCAAAAAAUGGUGGUAUGAAGCAGGUUUCCUUCUACCUGAUGACCCCUUUAGCCGUCUAGUCAGCCGGAAUGUCAUCACCCAUGCAGCACCAAAUUCCAGACGACGCACUAAUUGGCCGGAUGAAGCCGAGACCUGGCAGUGGAAUGUCAAUCCCAUUCAGUACCAGUUCCUUGCCUCCAAAUCAGCAGAGAUGGGUUUUGUCUUCACCAGCGCCACGCUCAACUUAUUAGCGGCAGGAUCAUCAACAGGCCACGGCAACGAAGCUGGUCAGAUAGCACGGAGGCUUGCCCUCCACCAGGAUGCUCCAAACAUCCCAUCUUUGCUUCGAGAAAUUGAUCUGUCCCAGACACGUUCGCUAGCAGUGUCUGGUGCAGUCAGCAUUCGGGUCCCCUUGGACAAGUUUGUUAAUCUGGUGGUGUUGGAUGUCGAAGGUUGGGUGAAUUUUGGGGAUGAGGACCUACUGCGGGUAUGCAGAAGCAAAAUGUUUUUUCUGGAGUAUCUGAGCGUUAGGAACACUCGAGUCAGCAAGCUCCCGCCAGAGAUCAACGAGCUGUGUAGACUGGAGGUAUUGGACGCAAGUAAAACACAGGUAACUGAGAUCCCGUUUGGGGUGUUCGUGGCAACAAGAUUGGACAGACUGGACCUAAGAGGCACUCCGAUAAGGCAGCUGACAGUGCCCAAGCAAAUUCUGGAGCUGCAGAGCAGUUUGCAUGAGCUUCUCCUUGGCGGUGAAACAGCAACAAGACUGCCACAUGACAUACUGCGUUUCUCGAGCCUACACACACUAGCCACUGUUGAUUUAAGCCAACAGCCUGCAAGCUUCGUCAAGGCUCUCGGUGAUCUACGCUAUCUGGGGGUGCUUGCAAUAACAUGGUCCUUCCACCAGUCCUCCGACAGAAACUACUGUGAAGCAUUACUAUCAUCCAUCAAAAGGUGGAACUGGCUCAAGUCUCUGACCAUUCACUGUGGACUCGGCUGCUCCAUGGAGUUCCUGGGCUCCCUUUCUGAUCCGCCUAGGUACCUUGAGAAAUUCAAGGUGACACUGGGAAGAUUCGUAGGUGUUCCCCAAUGGUUCCAUGGGCUCAGGCGUCUAUCUUUCGUGCAAAUUAUUGUCUGCAAACAAGGGGCUCGUGAUCUGGAGAUACUCAGAGACUUACCUAAACUGAAAUGCCUAAUACUAGGCUUGGACUUCAUUCCCAGAGAAGCUAUAGUGAUUGGAAAUGAAGGGUUCCAUGAGCUCCAGAGGUUCUCCAUCGACUGCCCAGUGCCAUGGCUCACCUUUGAAUCAAGAGCGAUGCCGAAGCUCACAUAUCUUCAACUGGAGUUCCAUGCUUGCCCAACGAGCCCAAUUAGUGUUCCUUCGGGUAUCAAAAACUUAAGCAGCCUUACAGAGGUUGCCUUGUGGUAUAAUGUGAGGUAUGCCAACAGCUCCAGUGUCAAGAUGACCGUGGAGGCGGUGAGAGAAGAAGUUGCUAACCGUCGCAACAUGACCCAGAUGAUCAGCCUUUUCAUCAAUGGCAUUGAACAAGAUGAUGCUCAGGAAGUUGAUAAGGAGACAGAGAGUACAACCGGAGCUCCAAGCGGACCCGAUGCUGGAGCUGAAGGUAAAGCAGUUGUCGAGAAGACUACAGCAGUGGUUGAUAUUGAGAUUACUGAAGCAGAAAGUUGAGCCAAAGCGACUGCAGCACUGGUUGAUAUUGAGAUCACAAGACAAGGUAAUAUAUAACCACUACUCUGCUUGAAACUCGCCUACAGUUAACAGCAGUUUCUUGACAGUAUUCAUACAUCCUCAUUGCUCAAGGAAUGAUCAUCUCCUCUCUAGAGCAGCCUCCUGUGUGUUGCAGUUGGUUGCUAUAUUACAACUCUGAUCCUCCCAUUCUUCUAUGACUGUCACCUAGUUAUCUUUUGGUUCCUCCGUGUAACUAUAGCAUUUGCACUGUUGUUUGCAGUUUCAUUUACAUUGGUGUUUGUUAAAAGUUCCAGUGUGGGAAUAAAGAAUGUCUUCCAAUUCCUAUGGAAGUCGUGCUGUUCCACGCAGGAAAAAUGCAAAUGCAGUAUUGCUUGUGUUUAGGUGUUCUUUCACUGUAUCUUGUGGAUUUGCAUGUAAGACUUCAUCAUGAUGCGAUAAUGCAAGAAUUUGAGUUAUA